CUUUGCGGCGAAUUGACAGUGUUACAUAAACUAGCGCUCGGUGGUUCCGAUGCAUACAACUACAUAAUACGUCAGUGAAUAAAUGGUGGCUAGAUAAUGGAUGUGGAUGCGCCGAACAUAUUGAAGCGGUGCAGCAGCGCACCGUUGAUCAAUGAGGUGGCGUCUACGGCUGCGACUUCGCCCACGACGACGACAACGCCUAGGAGUACGUCGAUCUUCAGCAGUUUCAGCAUGUUCUCCAACAACAACCUGAACCUGCGUACGCGACGGCACAGUGGCAGCUUCAGCCCUUUAGCCACACCACAUAGCCCUAAUAAUUGCUGGGGUCCCCGCGCGCCGCGCGUCAACCAACUGCGCUUGGAAGAAUGUGCAGACGUCAGCAACACGCGGGAGGUGGCUCACGAGAGAGAGGUUCACUCCGCCAUGCAACUCGGACAGUCCUGUGAAGACUUAACGUUGCCCGGGUUGUCAAACUCACCUACUAGGGUCACGAGGUUACCGCAAGUGGUAUCGCCGUCGCCGACGCGCAAGUACAUGACGCGUCGGAGUCUGUCGCCCAUCGCCAUCCGCGCGUCCAGCUUCAGCCCCGUGACGCUGCGCAAGCGCCGCGGCGACGAGCCCGACUCCCCCCUCCCCAAGCGCAUGUGCGACCGCCUCACCCCCUCCACGCCGGGCACCCCGGGGACUCCCGGCACCCCGGGCACCCCCGGCACGCCCGACUCCGACUCCCUGGAGUGCACGUUCCGCCCGGUGUCGCCGCGCGUCGCCAUGAGCGAGAACCAUAAGAGUGAGAACACUAGCUAAUAGAUUGUGGGGGCCCGAUGUACGGAAUGCGAGACUUGACCGGCGCGUUUCCAGAAUUUGUGAUUAGGAAUACUUUCAAAAUUGAAUUAUUGUAUCGCAUUCUAUACGAUUACCUACUUCUAAAGUUGAGUUUGAGUGUAAAAUAACUGGAUAUAUUAUAGUGCAAAAAGAUUUUCCUUCGAAUUUUUACGGAAACGUACGAGCGUGUCAUGCUAUUUGACUCAGUACGAGACGUACCUACUGACGCUGUCUGAACUGGCAUGACAAAUAAGAACUUUUCCGUAAAAAUAAGGAAAAACUUUUCGCACUUUAUCUUCUGUAUUUUGUGAGCGAAUCUAGCACUAGGUACUAUUUAUGCGAAUGAAAUUCUAAUGGAGACAUGCCGGAUUUUAUGCAUCAUAUUCAAUGCAAACGUACCCAACCGAUCAAUCAUUACAAAACACGUAUCAAUUAUUAAUUUUACCAUAACAACUUUGCUUUAAAAUACCGUUUCAUAAAUUUUGAAUCACCUCAUUAGUGGUCGAAUUGGUUCGCGUAUGUAUGAAUAUUUUGCAUAAAUAUGUCGUCAAAUUUCGUCAACAGGCGGUGGUAGUGUAAGGUGUAAUAUUGUAUAGGGUUCUACGCGUUAUCCAAUAUUCGUAGGCUAGACGGAUCCUAAAUAAUAGGUACUACGUUGUUGUGGGGGGUUAGGGGCCAUCCAUAAAAAAAAAUCUACCAGAAUUAUUUUAAACAAUCGUUUGUAUAGAUGCGCCCGUUCACAACUUCUAAAGUUUGAAUUAUUAAGGGCCAAUUUUUAUUAUGAUACCGAUUGUUUUUAUUACAGUAUGGCUUGGAGCUAAAUUUUGUGUGGAAUCCUGGUAUUCUUUUUCGAUAUUCGUAAAUUACAAAUAAAUAAAUGUGGCUAUCGGUGCAAGUGAUAAUGUAUGAUUUCACUAUAAUUAUUAUUCACUAAGUAGUAGUAGUAGUAAUACACUUUAUUGUACAAAGAUAAGAACACACACAGUAAAGAAAAAAAGAACACACACAUCAUUUGUACAAAGGCGAACUUAUCCCAUUAAGGGAUUUCUUCCAGUUAACCUAAGUA